UUUGAAUAGCAGCAGGGGAGUAGGGGAAGGAGGAACCACACGCAGGGUUCGUUCAUUAAGAAAAUAUAUUUGGCAUAUUCAGACAAUGGUUUGAGCGAGUUAAAAAUAACUCCUCGUGAAAAAUUAAUAGGGAGUUAUAAGUGAGUGUUUUAAUACAAGCUCACAGAGCAGGGCAGAUUCUCCAGGUGGCUGGCGGCUGACAUCACAGAUGGUGCAGGGUGUUUAUAGAGCAUGGUGUGGCCAGAGAGGAGAGUCGUCUGUACAAGUGAGCUCACCUUUUCUCCCAGAACCCAGAGAGGGAGGAGACGGAAGGAAUUGUUGUGGUUGCCAGUUCCUGAGCUAGGUGACUUAUUUCUUUUCUCCCUGUCCAUCACACUCUCCUAACUGUGGACGUAAAAAUUGUAGUGAACUUUGCCUGGUUGCUUUGGGUGAAGUUGAUUGAAUGUCAGAAUUCAUAAAAUGGCCUUUCUGGCUCUUCUCUCUUCUUGGUGAUGAACCCUGGGUUGGCUGCCGCCCCCAUUUCUCCUGUGCUUCCUGACCUUACAGCCUCCUCCUCUAAUUCUUGCAGGUGGCUACGAAGGCCCUGUCCCUUUCUCCCCCUUCCUCUCUUCUCACAGCGCCCCUAUGGGCCUCGGUGGGUACAGCCAAGGGUUGGACUGUACUUCCUUUGCCAUCAGCACACCUGAAUGGCUGAUACAGAACGAGGAGAAAGGAGGCCAGAGUGCCAUCUGACCUUGGCUAGCUAGUGUGGGGGCUAAGGGUUUUAAGACGGGGCAGGGGGGGGGCGACCAAUAUUUGUAUUUUAAACUCAGAUGAUAUUUAAAAAAUGGGUCUGUAAUUGCAACGAGGCCCUCUAGGCCGUGAAUUAAUGUGUCAUAACUCACGCCCAAGCACUGCGCAAACAUCCCGCGUGUGAAUUAUUGCACAAUAAAUUCAUGCCCUGUUGUGUCUUACAGCUUAAUUAGUACAUGAAGCUACAUGAGUUAGACGAACCCAAAUGGGAUUAUGUCAUGUGGUGCGUAAAAAAGCAAAAUGUUGGGAGGUAUCUGGCACUUUUUCCGGGGGGAGAGCAGAGCUGAUUUUUCUGCCAUGUCCUUCGGUGUCCGUUUCUGUGAUAUUUGGGCUGCAACAGGUGACAUAAGACUUCUGAGCGUUGGCUGGUUGGUUGACUAUGGGUUCAGUGAAUAUUUACUGUUUGCUGUGUCUUAGGCGUCACGGAGGCCUAACUCACAUAAGGUGAAAUACGAAGCAGCAGCUCUGAAGCCCGGGCACCCGACCCCGCGGCCCGACCCCGCGGGGCUUAGCUCAGCCUCAGCGAACCCCACGCGACUCGGCGCUCCUGGGCUGGCUGCGGUGCUCUGGUCUUAGAACCGUCUUCUACUCGGGCCAGAAUGCUGUGCCAGGCACUUUGCAGAUUUGGUGAAAAGCUGGUACGUAAGCACACACUGGAGCAAUACGUGGCUAAGAUUUCCGCUGCCGGCAGCCUGCGCACCGUGGACAUAGUGGCCCUGGGCGUGGGCAACACGGUGGGGGCCGGCGUGUAUGUCCUGGCGGGCGAGGUGACCAGCGACAGGGCAGGCCCGGCCGUUGCGAUCUGCUUUCUGGCGGCCGCCCUGCCCUCUGUGGUGGCCGCCGUGUGCCACGCGGAGCUGGGCGCCCGGGCUCCCCGGUCGGCCUCUGCGUAUCUGCACAACUACGUGACCGGGGGCGAGCUCGGGGCUUUCCUCACCGGCUGGAGCCUCAUCCUCUCCGGAGUCACCGGGGCGGCCAGCAUGGCCCGGGCCUGGAGCUCAGCUUUCGACAACCUGAUGGGCAACCGGCUCUCCGGGGCCUUGCGUGAGCACGUGUCCCUGUCUGCUCCCCACGUCCUAGCAGGACACCCCGACUUCUUCGCUGCGGGCCUCGUGCUGCUGCUCACCGCGCUGCUGGCUCUGAGGGCUAGUGAGUUCGUCCUGGCCACUUCGGCGUUCACAGUGGUGAACGUCUUGGUUCUCAGUUUUGUCAUCAUCUCUGGCUUCAUUAAGGGGGACCUGCACAACUGGAAGCUCACCGAGGAGGACUACACGUUGACCGUGUCUAGACUCAAUGACACCUCUGGCCUGGGGCCUCUGGGCUCUGGAGGGUUUGUGCCUUUCGGCUUCGAGGGGGUUCUCCGCGGAACAGCCUCCUGCCUGUACGCAUUCGCAGGCUUUGACAGCAUUCUUGCUGCCGCCGAAGAAGCCCAGGACCCCCAGCGUUCUGCCCCCGUGGGCAUCGUGAUCUCCGUGUUCAUCUGCUUUCUGGUGUACUUUGGUGUCUCUUCGGCACUUACACUCCUGGUGCCCUACUAUCAGCUUCAACCCGGGAGCCCCUUGCCCGAGGCGUUUCUGCACAUUGGCUGGGCCUCUGCGCGCUACGUGGUGGCCAGUGGAGCCCUCUGUGCCCUUUCUACUGGCAUCUUGGACUCUAUGUUCCUCAGUCGCUGGAUGCUCUACGUGAUGGCCAACGAUGGCCUCCUGUUCCGUGUCCUUGCCAGGUUGUACGCCAGGACGGGCAUCCCUGUCGUGGCCACGGUGGCCUUGGGCAUUAUCACAGCUUUCGUGACACUCCUCUUCGGACUCACUGACCUUGUGGACCUCAUGUCCAUUGGGACCCUGCUUACUUACUCCCUGGUGGCUCUCUGUGUUCUCAUCGCCAGGUAUCAGCCCGAAAUGAAGGAUGAAGAUGAUGAAGCAGGGGCGCAGCAGGAGGACGUACCCGCAGCAGAGAAGCUGACCCUGCGGGGACUCUUUUGUCCAGGCAGCCCCACGCCCACUGCGCUCUCCGGCCUGGUUGUCUAUGUCUGCUCGUCGCUGCUUGCUCUGCUGCUGACUCUUCUUGGCCUGGUGCUGGCUCAGUGGCCAAUUCUACUGCUUUCUGGAGACCCAGGGUGGAUCACAGCGGUUGUGCUGCUCCUGGUGCUCAUUACCGGGAUCACUGGGGUCAUCUGGAGACAGCCACAAAGCUCCACCCCCCUUUACUUUAGGGUACCUGCUCUGCCUCUCCUCCCACUGAUGAGCAUCUUUAUGAAUGUUUACCUUAUGAUGCAGAUGGCCGCUGGCACCUGGGCCCGAUUUGGUGUCUGGAUGCUGAUUGGGUUUGCUAUCUACUUUGGCUAUGGGAUCCAGCAUGCGUUGAGGAUUAAACCCACUCUAGUCAGGCCCCAAACUGAGGACCUUGAACUCAGCAGCGCCAGUACAUAUUCGAUUUGACAUCUUCACACCUGAAUGCUGUCUGGUCUCCCUGCCCUAUAACGGAGAGUACUCUGGAGCACACAGAAAGCCAGCCCUCCCGUGGCAUGUUGGGGGGAAACACUAAUAGAGCUCUGUGUUUAUUGUGGAGUGAAGGAUGUGUCUUUGCUCUUUCUCAUCUUUUUCUUUUUUUUUUUUUUUAAUUUUUAUUUAUUUAUGAUAGUCACAG